AUGUCAGGCGUACCAUCCCUACCGGCCGACAUCGUCCGAAGUGAUAUUUUAAAGCACGUCCCAGAAAACAGUGCAACCAGCCUUGACAACGCACCUGUUGAGAAUUUCCGACCUUUCAAGGUUAUUGUUAUUGGUGCUGGCUUUUCAGGGAUCAACUGUGUCAUUCGAAUUCCAGAGAGACUACGCAACGUGGGUCUGACUGUUUACGAAAAGAAUAGUGACGUUGGCGGAACCUGGUUGGAGAACAGAUAUCCUGGCUGCGCCUGUGAUAUUCCAGCCCACUCUUAUCAGUAUUCCUAUGCACCCAAUCCCAGAUGGAGUGGAUUCUAUGCAUCUGCGGAAGAGAUACACGAAUACCUCAAACACGUUUGUGAAUCGUUUUCGGCAUCUCGAUUUAUUCGACUCGAUCAUCAAGUGGAAAGGUGCAGAUGGGACGCCUCAGAAGGCAAGUGGCAUGUAACCGUAAGAAAUCUAGCAAGCAAUGAGGUUUUCGAAGAUGUUGCCAACUGCGUCAUUUCUGCCAGAGGAUCUUUAAACGAGAUUCAAUGGCCAGAAGUCGACGGUCUUGAUUCAUUUCGAGGAAAAUUAAUGCAUUCGGCGGCUUGGGAUAGAAGCUACGACUUGAAGAACAAGACCAUUGGUGUGAUUGGUGGUGGGAGCAGCGCCAUUCAGAUUGUUCCACAACUACAAAAACUCGAAGGGGUGAAGCUGAAAUGCUUUGUUCGAGGCAGAACAUGGAUUUCUCAACCCUUUGGGGAGGCCAGCAUGCAGAAGCUGGGGCUUUCCGGGAUCAACUGUAAGAUUGAAAGGCAUCGAAGAAUGUAUAUAAGGGCUCAGAUUUGUGUCCUAGUUCCCGAAACGCAGAUGAGUAGCUUCGCCAACGACACAAGGCUAUACCACGAAUUCCGCAAAGAGAUCGAACAAGAUGGAAACUCUGUCCAUUUCCUUACCAUUCUUAACUCUGAAAUGCAGAAUCAAGCACGAGAAAGGCUCCAAUCAGAGAUGAAGCGUUGUCUGCGCAAAAAGCCGGAAAUUGCCGAUCAUAUUAUUCCCAGCUUCGCUGUUGGGUGUCGUAGACUGACCCCUGGGGAAGGAUACCUAGAGGCGCUGCAAGAGUCCAACGUCGAGUUCAUUCCCGAGCAUGUUCAGCAGAUAACCACCGAAGGAGUCAUUGCAGCUGAUGGCAGAUCUAUUGUCCUCGAUGUCUUGGUAUGUGCGACCGGAUUCAGAGCGGCGAAGGCACCACCAUUCCCGAUUUAUGGGAGCAACGGAGUUGAUAUGGGAACAAGAUUCGAACCAUUUCCCGAGACAUACCUGAGCAUGUGUAUGGAUGGCUACCCCAAUUUUUUCACCAUAUUAGGCCCCAACUCGCUGAUCGGAACGGGGAGUCUUACAAUGAUACUUGAAAGCGAGUGCGACUACAUCAUCAAGUGCGUCAGGAAGUUGCAGCGCGAGAAUAUCCGCUCAAUGGAUGCGAAGACGGAGCGUGUCACAGACUUCUCCAGAUACUGCGCAGAAUUUUUUAAGCAAAGCGUCUAUCUGGAUGGCUGUACAAGCUGGUAUCGCAACGAAAGAGGCCGUGGCGAUCGCAUUAUAGGCCUCUGGCCUGGAAGUGCUCUCCACGCCAUGGAAACAUUUCGCGCUCCUCGGUGGGAGGACUUCAACUAUGAAUAUGAGAAGGACGCAAAUGGUAGGACGGUGAACCAGCUUCAGUGGCUGGGAAGUGGAUGGUGUGAUUCACAGCGCUCGGGUUCCGGUGACUUGGCCUUCUACCUCGAGCCUGAAUAUCUGGAUGUGCCUGCGAAGCCGUUGCCGGAGGAAACACACAUGUAUCUACUGCGCUCUUUCUGUUACUGA